CGGUAUUUUGUAGGCCCACACCUAUGGUCGCACCUAAUCACCAAGUCAAAUAUUGUCCACUAUUUUUGCCAACCAAAUAGUUUUUACAGCAGCAGACUAUGAGUUUCUGAAACACUUCCUCAGAUCAGUAGUACCCAGAUCCAGUCAUGACCUCUCGCAAGCGAAGUGGCAGCGGCUCCACAAAGAGGCCCAAAGAGAAGGUGGUCUACAUAUACGAGCUGUUGUGCCGGGGCGAGGAUCCUAGCAGCGAGAGCCCCGAGUUCUGGAACGAGUUCUUCCUGCUGCAGCCAAACUUCGAAGCGCUGGAGAAUGAGAUCGGUAAACUCAACAGCGAGCAGCUGCAACUGGUGAAGCCGAAUCUGAACACCCUCUUCCAGAGGUGCAUUGAAAUGCUGGACACUGAAGAUCAUCCCAAGCGCCUGUGCAACAGUCUGCAAACGCUGUGCUCCCUAUUUUACGGAAUCUUCAAGAAGUCAAACGCAGAUCCCACGUUUAACAUCCUCAACGAGAUUUUCGGACACGAGAAGAUGGACGAGUGGCUGAAGCUACUCAUGCAGUACUGCAACCGCAUUUUGCUGGGCGAUGUGCCUGAAAACGCCCGCUUCAUGUGCCUGAAACUGCUUCAGGUUCUGGUCACUGGCACUGAUAACGUCAACCAGAACGAACUCUUUGAGCACCUGAUGAUGCACAGCAUGUUUGAUGCCUUCGUCCGGCUUCUUAGCGACCCCACCUUCCGCUCCCAACACGGUCAUGACAUCGUUAUCCUUCUCACCAUCCUGGUCAACUAUCGCAAGCACGAGGCUACCAAUCCCUACGUGGUGCAGCUCUCCAUUCUGGCUGAUGAGCUGGCACUAAAUGGCUAUGGACAAAUGAUAUCGCAGUCGCUGAUUGACUUCUGCCGCCAAUACAUCCAGAGCCUAAACAAUGUACAGUCCUCGUCGUGGUUCUCAUCGCUCUCGAAUAUUGUGGGCAACAUGUUUGUGUCGGAUGAAGGAUGCGAACGGGUGCAGCAGAUCAAGGCGAAUAAUGGCCUUCUACUAGCCCUCUAUGAGGCAGUGCAUCUGAACAGAAACUUUAUCACCACUCUGGCUCACACGCAGGCGGAGUCCAGUGCCCCGCCAUCGCCCAGUAACACUUUAAGCCUGGCUCAACCUGUGCCGGAUUUAUCGAACGCACCUAUCAUCGACAUUACCCAGUAUCCCACCAAUCUGCUGGUGGCCGUCUUUCAAUACUGCUCCAUCGUGAUGCAGGACAACAAAAACGAGUCGAGCAUUGCUAAUCUGAAGCUGUGCUUUCUAAUCCUCACCUGCAUUUCGGAGGAUCAGUACGCCAACUCGAUGAUGCACGACAGCAAUCUUACCUUCAAGGUCAUGCUUCAUCGGGCGCAGAUGCGUCAUCGUAAGCUGAAUGUGGAUCGUGUUGGCAAAUCGCAGCCGCUGGCAGCUACACUACUGGAUCUUCUGGUGGAGUUCAUUGUGUCCCACUUAAUGAAGAAGUUCCCAAUGGAGCUGUAUCUGCUUUGCAUCGGCGUCAUCCACAGAAUCCUGUGCUACCAAAAGAGGUGUCGAGUGCGCCUUAACUAUCCGUGGAAGGAGCUCUGGUCGGCUCUGAUUGGACUGCUGCGGUUUCUGGUCAAUCAGGAACAGACGCUGGUCAAGAAGUGCAACAUUUUCCACUUGUCACUGCAGGUGGUGAAUAUAUUCAAUCUGUUCAUCACGUAUGGCGACACUUUCUUGGCCACCACAAACAGCUAUGACGAGCUGUACUACGAACUGAAUCGAGAGGAGAAGGUGUUUACGGAAAUACAUGCCAUGGUCCUUCGCUACACAACGAUGCCGGAGUGCGAGUACAAAGACGAUGUCAUCAAACUAUUGAACGCCCUGGUCAAUAUCCUAGCCAUUGUAAAGCACUUCCAGAACAAGAUCAAGGAAUGGCUGGCAGAGCAAGGCCUUUCCACGCCCACGGAGGAGCAAAUACUCGAUGUUGUGCGCAAGAACUAUGACCUCACGUUGAAACUCCAGGAUUCCCUGGAUCAGUACGAACGGUAUGCUGAAACGCCGCUGCACACAAACUUCUUUAAGCUAAUGGUGCGCGAUGUUGUCAACGAUACGCGCAAGCACAUCUACGGAUAUGUGAAGGAGGCCGUGUCCGUUGUUCCCGACCAGGAGGUUCUACUCACCACCUCGAUGACCUCCGGCUCGGCGGGAGCAAACUCUGCGGCGGCCGCCACAGCCGUGCCAGAAGCAAAAGCCACACCUGCCACGUAGGGAAUGGACCUCGACAGACUAUCAGACUGUUAAAUUGUUUCUUUUGCUUAGUUUAGUAAUUGUAUUUUAAAUAAUCAAAUCUCUAGAAGCGUAAACUCGAUGUAAUCUAUAAGAUUUAAAGUGCUUUGCGAGUCUUUGUUAGCUUAUGUUGUGAAGCAGUGCACAUAAAGCAUACCUAUACAUAUAUUCUGUGCAAGUUUUUUACAUACGUAUACAAAAUAUAUUGCGUGUAUAUAAACGGA